AUGGAACCAGCUUCGCAGCCCCAACCGAUCCAAGCACCAAACUCUCGGAUCCGCCGCGCAGUCUCGCAGCCCUGGGACUUCCUCAAAGCUCACCUCCGCCCCGUCUGCCAAUACGCCCGCCGGCACUUCACCCGCCCCAGCGCCUCCGACGACGCGGCGCGCAACCUCGCCCUCGCCCGCCGCCAAGCCCACCUGCAGGUCCUGCAGGCCAACUUCCGCCCCGAGGUCGUGCAGAGUCUGCAGGAGACGCCGUGGCUCGCGGCGCACCUCGCUGCCGGCGGGGAGGACGCGUGGGACGAGAGCCAGCGGACGUUUCCCGACCGCGUGGCGGGCCACGUCCUCACGCGCCUGCAGGUGCACAACUUUAACUUUGUCGAGAGGGGGCAGGUGAAUCUGCCGGCGCGGUCGGUGCGCCAUCUGGAGUCGAUCAUGGAGCUUGUCUUUGUGGACGAGGUUGCGAGGAAGAUGGCGGCGACGAUGCGGGAGGCAUGGGUGGAUUCUGAGGGGCCCAGCUGGUGGUGGGUUUUUAAGCAUAAGACUGUUGCGGAGUGGAUGAUGGCUUUUGCUGCCUGUGGGCGCAACUUUUCGACUGCCCCUCGGGUCAGGCUGCGUGGUAACUUGUCCAAGGGGAGGACCAUUCGUCAAGUCCACUUCAGGGGAAUGACCAUUCUUAAAGCACUUGAAAGCGCUGGCAUCACUAGCGAGUUCAGUGAAUGGUACGAUCUGACCGCUGGGAUCAGGGUUCCUGACGCCUCACCCCCGAAUACCUGGAUGCUGGCAAUGGCGAGGAACUUGUGCAUCUACCACGGAACUGCGAAUGCCUACAUCUACAAGCGCGACAACUGUUCGGAAUCGUUCCCGGACUUGGGUUCCGCCGCUCCCUCCGCCGAAACGACACAGAUUGGGGGAAUCGGAUGGCACUCCGCAACAUCCCGCAAGUCUUCGCAAGUCAACAUCAACGGCCCCGUAGACCAGAAAACCCUCAAGUACGGAAGAAGUAUUCUCUUCGGAGUCGAGCCGCCGCGUCGCUUGGCCUCUUGCAGAGACCACAUUAAGAAGUCAGAACCCUUCUCCGCCAUGAAGAAGUGA